AUGGCCUUCUCAAAGAUCCGCGAGUACUUCCAUGCAGAGUACCAGCCCGGCGAGCGCAAGCUGGUCCGGAAGCUCGACUUCUUCAUCCUCAGCUUCUGCUGUCUGAUGUACUUUACCAACUAUCUCGACCGCUCUAACCUGAACAAUGCCUACGUCUCGGGCAUGAAGGAAGACCUAAACUUCCAGGGCAACCAGCUGAACAUCAUCAACACUUGCUUCACCGUCGGCUACGUCCUGGGCCAGAUCCCGUCCAACCUGUCGCUCUACUACUUCAAGCCGCGCUUCUUCUUCCCCGGCAUGAUGCUUGUGUGGGCCGGCCUGACCAUGGUCACCGCCUCGGCCCAGAGCCCGCAGGCCAUCAUGGCCAUCCGCUUCUUCCAGGGCAUGGUCGAGGCCUCGACCUUUGUCGGCACCCACUACAUCCUCGGUUCCUGGUACACGGAGCGCGAGCUCGGCAAGCGCUCCGGCAUCUUCACCGCCUCCGGGCUCGCGGGCACCAUGAUCGGUGGCUUCAUCCAGGCGGGCAUCUACAAGUCGCUGCACAACAAGAGCGGCCUGACCGGCUGGCGCUGGCUCUUCAUCAUCGACGGCCUCAUCACCAUCCCCGUCGCCGUCUACGGCCUGCUGCUGUUCCCCGACACGCCCGCCACCACCGUCGCGCCCUACCUGUCCGAGGCCGAGCGCGAGCUCGCCCGCUCCCGCGUGCCGCCGCCGCAGGUGCCCGAGCGCGGCACCUUCUCGCUGCACUUCCUGCGGCGCGUGCUGACCUCGUGGUACUGGUGGGGGUUCGUCGGCCUGUGGUGCAUCGCCGGCGAGACCGAGUCCUUCAGCUCCAACGCCCUGCUCGCGCUCUACAUGAAGGCCCACCCGGCCGUCAAGUACAGCGUCGCGCAGCUCAACAACUACCCGACGGGCGUGCCCGCCGUGGGCAUCGCCUCGACCCUCUUCUGGGCCACGCUGACCGACUUCCUCGGCGGCCGGCGCUGGCUCGUCGGCUUCUUCAUCGGCGUCACGGGCGUCGCGACGGCGGCCAUGGUCCUCGCCGCCGAGCGCGACCCGGCGAGCCCGCGGUCGACGGCCGUCGUCUUCGCCGCGUACUACUGGGCCGGCGCCGUGUACGCCUGCCAGGCCACCUUCUUCGCCUGGUGCAACGACGCCAUGCGCUACGAGGAGCCCGUCUUCCGCGGCGUCGUCCUCGCGGGCAUGAACCUCGGCAACAACGCCGUCAACGCCUGGUGGAGCAUCAUCUUUUACGGCGCCAGCAUGGCGCCCUGGUUCAACAGGGGCAUGUGGGCGAUGAUCGCGUGCUCGAUUGCGCUGGCGGUCUGGACGGCGGGGCUGAUGUGGAAGGGCCGGCGCGAGGACCAGAGGCGGGUGGCGCUCGAGGCCGAACGCUUCGCGGCUGGGGACGACGACCACAAGGGCGCCGAGCAGGUGCCCGAAGACAAGGUUUGA